GUUAUGGUUGUGCACUACUGUCAAAUGAACGGCAUGUUUUUAUAAUUGGGGAAAAAUAAAUGAAAAUUGUUUGCGAAGCAACGAGCACUUCUAACCAGAGCAAUGGAUUCGUCUGAAAACAAUUCCGAUAGUGAAUAUUCCGUUGAAAAUGAAGACACAGAGUCGUCUUCUGACGAAGCAAAUAGUAGCGACGAGGAUGUGCCCAAACUUGCAGAUGAUGAAUACAAAGAAAUGCCGUUUGAAGAAUUGUUACAGUUGCAAAAGAAGCUUGGUUCGCGUGUAUAUAACGAAGCUAUAUUUGGCAAAUCUGCGGAGAGAAAACAAAGUGCCUCGGUGAAGCCAAAGCCGGCAAAAAAGCCUAAGCAAACAUCAGACAACGAAUCAGACGACGACAGUGGUCCGGAGGAGGUGACGUCCAAAAGGAAAGUUCCAGCCUUAGGAAUGGGAAAGCCAGCUAAAAAUACUUCCAUUUCGCAGCCGAGGGAUCCACGUUUUGAUCCCCGUCAAGGUUACUUCAGUGGUCGCCAGUUCCGUAACAAUUUCGGUUUUAUAAACGAUCUGCGCACCAAAGAGCUAAACAAAUUGAAAAAUAAGCUCGAGGCAGCGACCGAUCCGGAAGAUGCGGAUAAAUUGAAGUUUUUGAUUCAGCGUACCGAGAACCAGAUACGGGAGUACGCGAAACAAAAAACGCUCGAUAAGGAUAAGUUGCAACAGAAGCAACAGGUUCGCCUUGCCGUACAGGAAGGAAAACGGCCGUUUUACGAACGAAAGAGCACCAAGCAGGCACGCGCAUUGGUUGAGCAGUACGAUAAGCUUAAAGACGCCGGAAGCCUUGCUAAACAUAUCGACAAAAGGAGAAAGAAAAUUUCUUCCAAGGAUAGGAAAAAGCUGGAUUUCUCUACGUAGUGUCGUUUAUUCUACCGCUUAAUAAAGAUAAAGUGUCCAUCUAUCCAACACGUAA